AAGGCGCGGGGUUGUUUUGUUGUCCCAAGAUGGCGGCGCUCAGUGGUGCUUCUGUGGAAAGGAAUGGCGGGGAGUGAAGCCUGAGGGAGCGGGCCGGGGCCGCGAGGGGAUGAGGUGACGCCGCUAUGGCCAGCGACGGGGGCAGGAAGCAGUUCUGGAAGCGGAGCGGCGCGAAGGUGCCGGGCAGUAUUCAACAUGUGUACGGAGCUCAGCAUCCACCUUUUGACCCAUUAUUACAUGGAACCUUGAUAAAACCAGGUUCAAAGCCACCUACCACUCCAGUGAAAUUGAAGAAAGUCAGCACCUUCCAAGAGUUUGAAAGUAACACAAGUGAUGCUUGGGAUCUUGGAGAUGAUGAUGAUGAACUCUUAGCAAUAGCUGCUGAAAACUUAAAUACAGAAGUGGUCAUGGAAACAGCUCACAAAGUAAUUCAGAAUCACAGCAAGCUACAAGAACAGCAUAAAUUUCAGGAAGAACAUCUACAGGAAGAAAAACAAGAGGAAUUUGCACAGCUGACUUCAGUUGCAUGUGGUGAUAAUAGGCUUGUUAAAUCAGUCAGUGAAGGUCAUACAUCGAGUUCAUUAGAAAAUGCUAGUGAAAAUUCUUCCAUGCAGAGAUCACAGUCACUUCCACAAACUUCCAUACCUCCCUUGACAAGUGGAAUGGCAGACUACAACACCUCAGUUACUCCUGCUUUAACUGAGAGAGAAGCGUCUCGACUAGACAAAUUCAAGCAGCUACUUGCUGGCCCAAAUACAGAUCUUGAUGAAUUGCGAAAAUUGAGUUGGUCUGGCAUUCCCAAACGGGUUCGUCCAAUUGCAUGGAAGCUUCUUUCAGGCUAUCUUCCUGCAAAUGUGGACCGAAGACAAAGCACUUUACAAAGAAAACGCAAAGAGUAUUUUGCGUUUGUUGAACAAUACUAUGAUUCCAGAAAUGAUGAAAACCACCAAGAUACCUACAGACAGAUCCACAUAGAUAUACCACGCAUGAGUCCUGAAGUUUUAAGACUUCAGCCCAAAGUAACAGAGAUCUUUGAAAGAAUUUUGUUUAUCUGGGCAAUACGUCAUCCAGCCAGUGGAUAUGUUCAGGGCAUAAAUGAUCUUGUUACUCCUUUUUUUGUAGUCUUCGUUUGUGAAUACAUAGAAGAAGAAGAAGUGGAAAAUUUUGAUGUUUCCAGUCUGCCUGAAGAAGUGCUGCAGAACAUAGAAGCUGACAGUUACUGGUGCAUGAGCAAGUUGCUUGAUGGCAUUCAGGAUAACUACACGUUUGCACAGCCAGGAAUCCAGAAGAAAGUGAAGAUGUUGGAAGAACUUGUUAGUCGAAUUGAUGAACAAGUUCACAGGCACUUGGAUCAGCAUGAGGUGAAAUACUUGCAAUUUGCUUUCCGUUGGAUGAAUAACUUGCUGAUGAGAGAAGUCCCUUUACGAUGCACCAUCAGGUUGUGGGACACAUACCAAUCGGAACCAGAGGGUUUUUCUCACUUCCACUUGUACGUCUGCGCUGCCUUCCUUGUCAGGUGGAGGAAAGAGAUCCUGGAGGAGAAAGAUUUUCAAGCUGUGUGAACUAGAAUAUAAAGUGGAGAAAUCAGGAAAACACUGGAAUGCAUUUAUCACACUGCUUUGGAUUGCUUACAACAUGGAAAUGCAGUUGGUAAUUUUGAGGAUCUGUAGAUCCAUGCUACUUUUAUCACCAUCAUAUGUUAUCACUAAAAGCCUUGGCCUUCUUUAUUGUGUAACAUGACCUUUUAAAAUGGCUGAACUAAAGUGUUAUCAAUUCUCUAAAUGAUACUUCUGUCCCACAGGCAAGAAUAAUAUCCAUUAUUCUUCCACUUUGUUAAUAAUAGCUGUAGAUCAGUGCCUAGUCUUCAAAGUAAUAAGCACUUAAACUACAUUGGAAAAUUGGGGAGUUCAGUAUAUGCUGUCUGGAGUACUCUGAUUGCAUUGAAUUCACAUUAUUGAGAAGUCAUAGCUAUAGUACAUUUUGUACAGAAGUUUUUUGUUCUGUAAACUGUAUCAAGAAUCACAUGCAUUCAGUCAUUUCUCUUGCACAUAAGCAUGUGCUGUGUCUGUUUUUCUGCAUAUGACAGGAAUUAGGGAAGUCUCUCCUAACUGUCAGUCAGAGGGCCUGGUUCUUUUCUACUAGCUGUGAAAAGUCCUGAUCUUCUUUUACAGGUCUGUUUGACCUCUUUCAGUAGAAAUACAGACCUCACAGGAAUUUUAAGUUGAAAUAAUUUCCCAAGAACAUCAGAUGCGGAAGUGUGCCAGAAGAGACACUGAACAGAUUUUGAAUGAAAGACCAAUUUUAAAUGAAUUGGUUAUGCAAUACUUUAUUAUUUGAUGAAGUAUAUUAUCAGUGAUAUUACAGACAUGAUGACGAUAGAAAAUAGUCUUUGCUUUUAAGAUACUUGUUUUCAUUCUUUUAAGUAUGUCUGAAACCAAGCAAUCAGUAAAAGUAUGAUUUUUAUUCUUCCUGAUAUGAACAGAUUAAUUGACUUAGGUACCAAAUGUUCACCCCUCAGUAUUUCCUUAUUACAGACACACAAUGUGUGUGACUGUAGUUUUGGGGACUUCUUGUGUGUGUUGUCAGGUAGCAGAGAAAUAAAUUUUGAAAUGAAAGAAGUUAGGCUGGACUCAUACUAUAGAGUAAUACAACCUGAAAAUUGCUUGGUAUUUGGUUUGUAUCUGUAGAAUUAAAUAUUAAGAUAUUAAGGGAAGUAAGUUUUGAUAAGGGAAGGGUGGAAGAAAUAAAUGUUUCAAUCAGGCCUCCAAAUGUUGAAAUGUUCUUGUGUAUAUAUUAUAUGUGUAUAUUGUAGAUGUACAUGUAUAUACCUAAACAGCUGUAUAUAUAGACUUGGAACACAGGCAUAUAAAACUGUGUUGAUGCUCUGGCAUAUUUUUCAUGUUUCAAAUAACAUAAUGAAAUAAUUUUUUUUUCAUUGUAAGAUGAUAAUCAAGUCAUGAUGAUAGUUGUCCUCUUUUGAAUCAUUUGAAGAAGUUAUUGCUCUCACUGCCAUUUAUUUGGUUAAGUACAAAAUAUACGAUAUUGGUUUAUCAAAACCAUUGAUAUAUGGUUUUAUUUUCCUAGGAGUUUAAGGCUGCUUAAAUUUUGUCCUACUUACUCAGUAAUCUUUCUAGUAAGCUAUAAUCCCAUUUUGAAAUUUGCUAUUUAAUGCAGCGAGCUGUGUGAUGCAAUGCUGUGUAAUGAGGACAAAAAUUAUUUCAUUCAGCAGUUUUUAAAUUCCCCAGAGUCACUUUUAGAUACCAGUGAAAUUAAACUGACAUGUUUUCAGGGAGAUGUUUUAAAUAUUUCAUGCCCAUGUAUAAUACAAAGAUUAAUAUUAUGGAAAAGAGUGAGGGUUUUUUAGUUUUCAUUACAGCUUGUUAUUCUCUCUUGGUUCUCACUUCUAGAGAGUCCUUUCUAUCUAGAUAGGAUGCCCCACAAACCCAGGUACAGAGAGGAAGUUUGGAUAGCUCUGUUACUCUGUUCAUAGUUCAGAUUAGCAGUUUGUACUUCACAUGUGGGGGAGCAGAGAACACAAUGGCUAGGCAGUAAAUGACAGAAAUUUUAAUCCUGCCUUAGAUUUUCCCUUGUAACCACUGUGAUGUUUUAUAGACUCAAACAGGUCAUUCUUGGUUUCUGACGUUUCUGUUCAUGAUAUGAAUAUUCUGUGUUAAUUUACUGGUUCCAUACUAGUGUCAGACAGAAAAAAAGAAAAAAGCAGUAAGCUUAAAAUGAAUAAAAAUGCUUUUUAAAAUGUGAUACACUAUGCCUUUUGAAUACAAAAUGUGCAAUUCAUUUAGCUUAAGUAUCUAAGCUUAAGUAAUUAAACGUGCAAGUAAUGAAAACCUUUCUGCUCAUCAGCAUGUCUCAGACUUUGGUUUUCUGUUACUCAUUUUCCUAACUACAGCCAUAAAUCCAAAAUUCUCCUGAAUUCUUGAGAGGUGUGGGUAGCUGAUGCUGUUAAGUGAUAAAAUAUUCAUGUAUGAUUUUGAACAUAUUUGGAAUUAAAAUAUUAAUAGAAAAUACGGCUACUGAGUUGGAAUGUACAAGAUAUCUGAAAGAUUUUUACAGAAACUAGACUUCAGAGACUAGAUUCAACUGUUGAACUAAAUAUAAGCUAAUGGUAAUUAUAAUUAAGUUAGUAAUAGUUGAAUUCUAACUGGCUUAUCUGUUAGAUUUUUACUUUAAGGAAGUUAUAAUUUUGUUGACAUAGCUGAGCUUCAAAAAUAUAUUCAGUAUGUUGUAGUAAGGAAUCUCUCUUGCAGAUCUUUUCUUAUUCAUCAUUUUAAGAUAUAGGCUUUUCUGUCUGUCUAAAAGACAUUUUCACCCAUGCUGUCACCAGCUCACAUCUUUAUUACUGCAUUGUCCUUUUCUUUGUCAUUGACAAAUGCAUUUUUGCUCCAAUUAUAUUCAGUCAGACUGCAAAGAAGCUGUAAAGAUAAUUUUUCAGUCCAUCACUUUUUCUUGCUUUCUUGCUCUGCAACUCCCUUAGCUCCCUCUUUUUUAGAGCACCAAGGAAAACGUAGACACUUUCUCUUUUGAGGCCUUUAAUGGACUAAUACUGACACCUUACAUGGCAUCCGAGAUUCAGCAGUGAGAUGCUGGCUGCAGUCUAUCAGCCCGUGAUGACAGCUUCAUCACCCACCUGCACUCUCAAGAAAGGAGCAGUGCUAUCUCCCACUUUGCCACCUUACUUAAAUGGAACACCUAAUGCAGAUAUUCAGCUACUUUGCUCUAAGCCAUGCUAAGUUCUGGUUUUUUGCUAUGCUCAGAAUAGAUUUGACAGGUUGGCUUGAGUCUGUUAGUAGCACUUAGAGUCACACUGAUGAGUUUUUUGUUGCUUUUUUUUACUUUUCUGUGAAUUUAUUGUCUCUUGCUUUACACUUGAGCCAUAAAAUCUUCAGGAUAGUGACUGUGCUUUAUUCUUAUUUAUAUUAGUAUUAUAUAAUUAAUUUUUUAUAUAUAGAAAGUAAGUCUUGUUGACUUGUUUACCAAAAUGAAUGCAAGCACAAUUGUAUGUCUUAUUAGAAUUUAGAUAAAUGCUGAAUAACAAGGUGCUUAGAAGACAAAUUCAUAUCUGCUGCCUAUAUAAGUAAUGGGCUUUAUUUUUAAAAGUUUUAUAUUGAUAUAUUUCCUAGAAAUUGUCUACUGUAGAAACAUGUCAGAUAUCAGAAAUGUAAUUUCAUACUGUCCUUUUACACUCAACGACAGUAAUAUAGAUUUUAUUAGUCUUUUGUGAUCUUUGCAUAGUUUAUGAUGUAAAUUUUUAACUUUUACUUUUUCUGCCUGAAAGUAUAGGAGUGCUUACUUCAUAUCAUAUGAGGUGUAACUAAUAAAUCUAUUUUAAUUUAGCUUCCUGGUAUGUACUGUGCUAAAAAAAUUAAUUUCCAUUGCUCCUGAAGUAAAAAUAAAUGUUUUUCAAUUAAAGAAAAAAAAAAUGUUUCUGAAAGGAUUAGUUUUUUGAACAGAGGAAUGUUUGCCCUCCUUCUCUCUAAGCUCUAUGAUUAGAUGAUUUUGUGCCCUCAUUCUUCUGAGUAUGGAAGCUAAUAGGGUCUUUUUGAUGGAUGUUCCAAAACUUGUAAUGAAUUAAAAACUGUGAACAUGGAAAUCUUUCUAACUGCAAAGAGCCUGACUACUAACACUGCUGUGAUUUUAUUCCCUGCUGAGAGCAUUUUGGAAGAUGUUCAACGUAUUGUAAUGUGUUUCAAGAAACUGGAAGCUCUGCUGUUUUGGACUUCGAAAGUCAUAGCUGGCAACCUAACGUGAGGUCACUUCUUAAUCUCUGAGUACUGGUAGCAGACAGCUGGGAUUCAACACUCGUGAAUCAUUUGUGUUCAGAAGAGCCAAUUUGCAGUAAUAACAUUGCUGACUUCAUUUUUACACGCAGAGCUUAAUGAGCAGAGAAUUAUGUGAGUGGUAAUAGUUUAACUGCUCUGUUAUCAACCCUACUCAACUUUGUCAAAAGCUUCUGCAUAUUUUGAUUGUCAUGAAUAUCUUGACUUGGUCUCUACAUGUGAGUGUAUUGUAAAUUAAACAGAACGGUGCAAAGAUGUUUUAACAUUCAGUCUAUGAAGUACAGGUUUUGUCCCACAGAAAUUAUUACUGCAAAAUUUUAAUAUUGAACUGAAAUGUAACAGAUAGACUGUAGGUCACCCUUCUUUUAAUACUGGUACUUAUCUAGUACUAGGAGAACUUGCUCUCUGUCUGGAAAGCUACUGAAAGAUUCUGACUGGUUUAUAUGGUACACUAAAAAUGGCUUAAGAAACAUGAAAAAGGAAAUAAAACUUGUAAUGCUGCCCUUACUUAUCUCUUGCUUUAUGGCUUUCCAUUUUCUUUUAAUUAUACUGUAGGCCUAUUUUUCCUAAGUUAUACAUUGUUUUUUCCCAAAGUUUGGCCUCAAAUGUGCAAAGCAGAGAAUAAAAAUAGUUUGAAAAACAAACAAACAAACCCCACUUU